AUGCCGGCCGAUGAUCCAAGGUUGCAAGGCAAGGAGCUGAACCUCUCGCUGUCCGUGCAUGCCUUUGUGGCCCCAGCUGCGGGGCAGGAGCAGUCGAACGUGAGCCUGAGCUACUUCUUCCGCAACAACCUGGACAUGUCGACAGGUUCGUCCAUGAUGGAUAGCACGAGGGACAUGGCAGAGCUCAGCACGUGGCUGCAACAGACCAGGAGGUCAGAAACCCUCCAGUCCCCCAGCUCACAGCAUGACGACUCAGCUCUGGCUCACGAGGCUUUGAACAUGUCUGACAUGCUCUCGAGGUUGAAACAGAGCCACUCGGACUCGCUGGGUCGGACGGGCGAGCUGGAGGCGCAAGUCAUGAAUGGAUGCAAGAUGCUCGACGAUCUCAAGAGAAGGAUCGAAGGGCAGAAGCGAAUCUGCGCAAACCUGAAGCAGACGCUGUCUCAGUGGGAGGAGAACCUGUCAAAGACUACGUCGACUGACUUGCAGCGAGGAAACGAUCUGUUGCCGAAGCACAACAUCGAGUUCUCCAGCAGGAAGUGGCUGGAGCAAGAUGAAGGAGUUCUCAUCAGCGCCUCUCUUUGCAAUGGUCAUGUUGCCAGUAAACCUCAAAAUCAAGACGCGAAAGGUGCCAUGACCUCGAAAGAUAGCCGGGUUGCAAAGACGGACCAGGAAAGAUGGAUUCAAGAACAAAACUCCAUGACCGAGUACGUGAGAUGGCUAGCUUCUAAAGUUUAUGAGAAACCUCCGUCACCUCCUUCGCAACACAAAGCCAAAGGCCAAAGCAGAGAGAGUAUUGUACAUUCUCUGUCGAUCUUCCUGCAAGAACGACAAGCUCAACGCUGCAAGUCGCUUGCCUUCGAUCAGUGGAGUGAAUGGCACAGGCACGAAGCCUUUCUGCGUGUUGUGCUCUACAAGAUUCAGACCAGAGCUCGCGCGAGGCUUCUGCGCCUGGCUCUCGACGCGCUCGGUGGCUACAAGGAAGAAGCCGAGCAUGAAGUUGGCUGGUCGGCUGGUACCGAACUUGGAUGGAGCCUCCUGGGCUUGCGGUCGCUGACUCACUGGCGGAGUCUGACGACGUGGCGCCGACAGAGCGCGAGCGUGAGGAGGAGGCUGGUGCUGGUGCGGCAGAGACGGAUGAUGACGCAGUCGUUCAGGAGGUGGGAGGCCUGGAUGGAGGAAGAGAGGGAGAGGAGGAGCCUUCUUGACGCUAGGGCUUCUCGCUUCUCUCAGUCGAUUCUCAGAGACGUCUUGGCGAGAUGGAGAUCAAGUGAAGAAGACGGGAAGCGAUCAAUCGACCUCUCGGCUGCCGAACGCUGCUUGCAGAUGGCGUUUUCAUUGCAGAACAGUUGCUUCCAACGCUGGUGCUCGCUAUGCCAGAACAAGCUCAGGAUGAACACGUCGUUCUCUCGCCUCCUCGAGAAGCUGAAGCUCCAGGCCCUCGCGCUGGCCUUCGACCGUUGGACGGGAGAGACUCGCUUUCUCCACGACUUCUCCGAGAGCUACGCGAAGGCUGCUUCCCCUCGCACCCCCGACCUGAGCAGGCUGUCAAACCUCGAAGCCUCUCCCAUCUCCGACACUCGUUCCAUCCCCCGCUACAUCCCCGGCAUAGGAUUCGUCGGGAGCUCGCGGACCCACGUGCCUCCCUUGAGCUUCGCCAACAUGUCGAGGUGA